GCCAAGAUUGUGAUUCAUGCAUUUUUGUUCUGGAUAAUUUCAUGAUAGCUUCUUUUCUAGCUUUGCUCUUGGUUGGGUUAUCACCAAUGGUGCUGGACUUGCCUCGUAUCCAAUUGACACUGUCUGCAGAAGAAUGAUGAUGACUUCUGGUGAAGCUAUGAAGUACAAGAGCUUGCUUGAUGCAUUCUCUCAGAUUGUUAGGAAUGAGGGUGUGAAAUCUCUCUUCAAGGGUGCUGGUGCCAACAUCCUUCGUGCUAUUGCUGGUGCUGGUGUGCGUGCUGGCUAUGAUAAGCCCCAGAUGAUUGUUUUUGGAAAUAAGUAUGGUUCUGGUGGGGCAUAAUCAACAGAUCCCUUACACAUUUUGAAUCUUUGAUACAGAUGGUGAUGAAAAUCAUUUUCAAUUCUAUUCAAGAUUAUUUUAAAGGCAUCUUUUGUAUUUUUUCUUAGAAUAACUUGUCCAUGGGGGGUUUCUCAAAACAUUUCCUUUGGAAUGAAUUUUUCAACCCCAAUUUUGAUUGAUUGCCGGAGUUCUUGCAAUCUUAAAAGUGAACAACACAUUGUUUUUGAACUUACAUUGCCUUGUAGAGUUCCUCUUCUGAUAUUUCUUCCUGAACAUCAAUAUACUAUUUUGCUUUUC